UCUUUCCUCUAUCCCUACACAGCGCUGCUGGUGGGGCGGAACACUCCUCAUCGAUCAGUUGGUUUCUAGGAACCGCCGACAGACCUGGCACACCGCCGUAGCUUCUCGUUACAGAUCUGACACUUUGAUUGCCAACUUAUCCUCUCAUCUUAUUACACAAUGGGAGAGCGAGAAGACCUAGUUUACCAAGCAAAACUUGCCGAACAGGCGGAAAGAUAUGACGAGAUGGUGGAGUCUAUGAAGAAGGUGGCAGGAAUGGACGUGGAGCUCACAGUGGAGGAGAGGAACCUACUAUCGGUGGCCUACAAGAACGUGAUCGGGGCUCGGAGAGCGUCUUGGAGGAUAAUCAGCAGUAUCGAACAGAGGGAAGAGAACAAGGGCGGUGAAGAGAAGCUGAAGAUGAUCCGGGAAUACAGGCAAACGGUGGAGAAGGAGCUGAAGUCUAUCUGUGGAGACAUCCUAGAUGCGCUGGAUAGACACCUACUCCCCUCAGCAGCCAUGGGGGAGUCUAAGGUCUUCUACAACAAAAUGAAGGGGGACUACCACAGGUACCUGGCAGAGUUUGCCACCGGCAACAACAGAAAGGAGGCGGCGGAAAACAGCCUGGUGGCCUACAAAACCGCCACGGACCUCGCCAUGUUGGAGCUGCCACCCACACACCCCAUCCGCCUUGGCCUCGCUCUCAACUUCUCCGUCUUCUACUACGAGAUCCUCAACUCCCCUGACCGCGCCUGCAGGUUGGCGAAGGCUGCAUUCGAUGACGCCAUCGCAGAACUGGACACGCUGAGCGAAGAAAGCUACAAGGACUCCACACUUAUCAUGCAGUUGUUACGUGACAACCUGACACUAUGGACUUCAGAUAUGCAGGGAGAGGGUGAGGAACAGAACAAAGAAACAGUGCAAGACGUUGAGGACGAGGCCCAGUGAGACUGCCACCAACAGCCAACAACUUGAUUCCCCUCUGCCCCUCACACUCCUCACUCCCUCUGCCUUUGUCUUCCUCAUCCUCCUCCCGUCCGCCACCUUCCUUUUCCGUCUCUUCCUCCUCCUUUUUCCUUUUCCUCACCUCUGGAGCUCCUUGACCCUGCAGGGCCGGGGAGUUAACGAGUUUAUUUUUCUCUUAUUUUUGUAUUAGCCCUCACACCAUUUGAUUAAAUACCACUUGAUUGAGAAAGGAAGUCCAAUGUUAGAAAAAGAGAGAGGUCCCUGUUUGCUGUUUUUUGUCUUGGUACAAGCGGUUCUGAAAAACGUUUUCUGUUUUCAUUAUUGUAUUUUUAUUUUUGCUUUUUCCUCCAUAUUUUUAUCAGUUGCUGGAUGUAAUGAGAUUGUUUUCUUAAUGUAAUUACAGAAAUUAACUUUUAUUACUAAUAAUGUUGAAUACUAGUUAUGGGAGCUAUUUUAUGUCCUUUUUUAGUGACAUGUUGAACAGAUUAUCUGAUCUUUUUUACGGGCAGUUUGGAGAAGUUCAGUUGCCCGUUUUGUUAGGUUAGUUUUUUCCGAGGAAGUUGGCAGAAUGUGUGAUAUCCAUGUGGGGCAAAGAAGUACUUAAUGUUUCACACUACAGUAAGUCUUGUGUUUUGUAGCUGUUCCUGGACUGUGUUUUGUGCUUAAAUACUGUAAGUGUGCACACAUGCUAAAUCUCCAAAAACUAACUUAUUUCUAACUGGUUUGAUUCUUGACAAACAUUGGGAGAUUUCUCACCUGUGUAAAAGUGUCAGUUUGACCCGGUUCUUUGCUCAGAACCCCGAGAUCAUGGCCAGCACAGGCAUGAGGCAACACAUCAGCUUCUGCUGCUUCUCCUCUGCUUUUUAUUAAAGCUCCUCUAGAAUCAGAGUUUCUUUCUUUGGCUGCUUCAUUUCUUGUUCUCCUUAUUCGUAGGUUGUUUUUUUUUUUUUUUUUUUGCUUCAUUAAAUGUAACUUGGAGCUGAUUUGUACUACUGGAUAUCUGACUGGAGCCACAGACAGGGAAUCUGUAACGUUCUUAUUGAAACAUAGCAUGGCAUUAACAUUAAACAAUCUAAAUUAAAAA